GGACAUAAACACGCGUCGGACCACCAACGUAAAAUAGCAAUUGAACACAUUUCGCGAGGCUGUCGCGUCGUGAAUCAACCUGUCGCGGCAGGUGUUCCCCUUGUGACAGGAUGUUCGCCAGGCAGUUUCGAGUCAAGUCCAACACCGCCAUCAAAGGUUCGGACAGGAGGAAGCUCAAAGCGGACGUUUCCGCGGCCUUUCCCUCGCUGACUGCCGACGAGCUCUGCGAGCUCAUCCCCAACAAAGAGGAACUCAACGUGGUGAAGAUCUACGCACACAAGGGCGACGCCGUCACGCUUUACGUUCUCCACAAAAAUCCGCUGUUCUUUGAGCUGGAGAAGCGACUUUACCCGACAGUCUACGUGCUCUGGCGCCACCCUGCUCUCCUGCCGACGUUCAGGACGUGGCCUCCGGUGCUUGAGAAGUUGAUCGGAGGAGCAGAUCUCAUGCUGCCGGGCGUGGUGGCGCCGUCAGGCGGCCUCCCAAACGUGAAGCGAGGCGACUGCUGCUCUGUCACCUUGGUGAACAACAGAGCUCCGGUUGCCGUCGGCAACGCCGCGUCGUCCAGCGAAGAGAUGCUCAGCGCGGGCAUGAAGGGGAGAGGAGUGUGCGUUCUCCACGCGUACAUGGAUCAUCUCUGGGCUUUUGGAGAUAAAUCGGGUCCUCCUUCUUUCCCGGAUGCAGAGGGCGAAGGGCAAGAGGCGAAUGGAGAGGAUUAUGAGGUCGAUGACACACAGGAGGAGGCUGAGAGGUGCGAGGAGGAGGAGGAGGAGCAGCUUUCAAGUGAAAAGGUCAAAGAUCAGCCCUGCUGCGGUAGUGAGGCGCUGAGUCUGGCCGUGCAAGAGGAGCAGAGGGCCGAUGAGGAAGAGGAGGCAGAUCAAGAAGACCAAAAAAUGCCACAAGAGACCAUGGAUGCUCUGCUGUUGCAGUGUUUUCUCCACGCGCUCAAGAGGAAGGUGAAGAAAUCCGAGCUCCCCCUGCUGACCAGCACGUUUCUCCGCAACCACAUGUUCUCCUGCUGCCCGAGUGGAAAGCAACUUGACAUCAAGAAAUCCAGCUAUAAAAAGCUGUCCAAGUUUCUUCAAGCCAUGCAAAAGCAACAUAACCUCAUUCGAGUGAAAGAACUGACCAAGGGAGUGGAGAGCAUCGUGGAGGUGGACUGGAACAAUAAAGAGCUGCGUUAUUUCAAAGUUGUCGAGGAGACAAAUGGCGACGCGGCGGCGGCGGCGCAGGACGGCGGGGAAGCAGAACCUCCUUACCACCCUCCCGAGAUCACCACGCUGUACUCCGUGUCGGCCCGGCUGGAGCCGCUCUUCCUGGACGCCAACAAGAGGAAAGGAACGAUCCUGCAGCCUGCUGAAGUGAGACACAUAGUCACAGAGUAUGUGAAGAAGAAUGAGCUGGUGGAUGAAAAUAACAAGAACUACGUCACCGUGGACCCGACGCUGUGUGACUGCCUGUUGGAGAAGUCGGAGUACCAGGAGGUCCAGUCUCUUAAGUGGGACGACCUCUUCGGCAGGGCGCUGGGAAAGAUGGCCGAGUGCUAUGAAGUCGUGUUCCCCGGACAUGCACCCGUAAGAAAGAAGGGCCACAUGGAGCCCAUCGACGUCUCCGUGGCUUCUCGGGGCUCCAAUAAGAAGGUGACUCUGAUAAAGAACCUGGACGCGUACGGUCUGGAUCCCGCCGCCGUGGGCGCCGCAUUGCAGCGCCGCGUCCAGGCCAGCUCCGUCCUACAGCCCGUCCCCGGGUCCAAGGACAAAGUCGUGGUGCAGAUCCAAGGCAACCAGAUCCACCAAGUUGGCCGUCUGCUGACGGAUUAUUAUCAAAUUCCUCGCAAGUACAUCCAAGGACUCGACAAAGCUCCGAAAAGUGGAAAGAAGUAACGUUUAAAAACUGUAUUUCAAACUCAUUUAAUAAAGGUGAUCACUGCUCUCCUGCAGA